AUGGGCUUCAUCGAAGACGGCUGCGACAAGAAUGAUUAUAUCUCCAACGUUCAUGGGGCUUUCUACUGGAUCGCCAAUCUUGGCAACCUUCCCUGGAAGAGUUGCUGGAUGGCAAACACGACUGCCAUCACGCGGCCGCUUGGACUUCAGAUCGCCAAAGAAGCAGCCGCUUUCUCCCGCCUUGCGACGGAGAAGGUUAUCCCUCGAAUCCAACAGGCUCGGUCUAACCGCGGCAAGGUCUCUAAUGGCAAUCGAGACAUGCUGGAUCAUUUCAUAGACAUGCGGGGGCCAUCAGGAGAGCCUGCGACAGUCACGGAAAUUAUAGCUGAGGUCGGCAAUCUGCUUGCGGCUGGUGCAGACACAACUUCGGUUGCCGUGAAGGCGGUGCUGGCCCCUAUCCUGAAGCAUCCCGCACGGUAUCACAGGCUGCAAAACGAAAUUGACUGUGCGAGAGCGACAGCGGCAUCUGAGAAGGGCGAAAACCAUGUUUUGACUUUUAAUGAUAUCAAAGACCUUGCAUUCUUGGGUGCAUGUAUCAAAGAGGGCACUCGACUGCACCCAAGUCUCGUUUAUCAGUUGCCUCGAAAGGCACCAGCUGAGGGUUUCGACAUCGAUGGCUAUUUUAUUGACUCCACCGCUACGGUUGGAACGAGUGCGGUGGCUUACAAUCGGUGCCAAGCCAUAUUCGGCGAGGAUGCCGACAAGUGGCGACCCGAACGUUGGAUCGAGGGAGAAGGAAACACGAUUGACAGAAUCAAAGAGAUGGAUAAGAACCUGGCCACAUUCGGCUUUGCCUCACGAACAUGUAUUGGUCGCAACCUCGCUACUUUGGAACUCUUCAAGUUCAUCGCACAGCUUUUGAUCCGAUACGAUGUAGAGCUUGUGGACCCUGACAAGGCUCUCGACGUUCGGUCGUUAUGGUUUGCCGAAAUCUACAACAUGCAGAUCAAGCUCAAGUUGAGAAGUUAA